AGUAUGUACAUGUAUGUGCAAAGGGUUUCCUAUCUCCACCCUUCCAUAAAGUCAAUGUUGUAAAAUUAAAUCUCGUUUUGCGUGCUAAGUUAGAAACCCACAAAUGAUUUCACUUUCCAAACGAGUUUACAACUUUUCAUACAUAGCGAGAACAAGGAAGUUUUUUCAUGGCUGACUUGUUAACCUAAAUAAUUCAUCAACUUUACUCAUUAAUAUCUCGCUUCGCAGGGUAGUGUCGCAUUUUUUUCGGCCAAAUUUUUUCAUUUCAUACAGAAACGCGUCGAAUGAGCCUAAUUUUAUCAAAAUCGGAGGUAAGGAAUUCUAAAUAAUUAUCGAAAUGCGUAAUCUUGUUUGCGAAAUAAUUUACGAGAUCGUCACCCUCAUCAUUUCUCCUGAUUUGAUAGAGUUUGCCAAGUUGAAUCUUGAAUCAUCAUUCAUUAUCAGUAUUUUAUGACAUAAUCAUUGGUUAUAUCGUCUCCGAUACUUGAGAAGGAACACGGGAGCCAUUAAGAUUAGAAUUGGAAAUUGGAGGUAUUUUAAGCGCACAGUUUGUGGUUUAAGUAAGGAAAUUGUGUCCAGCAGAUGUAUAUAAUCAUACACACGGCAACACAAUGAAGUGCUACUAUGAAGUAUUAGGAGUUGCAAGAGAUGCCCCUGAUGAUGAAAUAAAAAAGGCAUACAGGAAGCUAGCAUUGAAAUGGCAUCCAGAUAAGAAUCUCGAAAGUCCAGAUGAAGCUAAAGAACAGUUCCAGCUUGUCCAGCAGGCAUGGGAGAUAUUGAGCGACCCCCACGAACGUGCUUGGUACGAUAAUCAUCGAGAGGCCAUCCUGAAGGGUGGUAUCGGAGAGGAUUACAAGGAUGACUCCAUUAAUCUUUUCCCAUAUUUCUCUCUCUCAUGCUUCAAAGGUUACGGAGACGAUGAGAAGGGUUUCUAUACCAUCUACAGAAACGUUUUUGAGCAAUUGGCGGCGGAGGACGCUGAGUUUGCCAAAGACAGCGAGUCCGACGAAGAAGUUCCUAGCUUUGGCGACUCCCAGAGCUCAUACGAAGAUCUGGUAGGCGAUUUCUACGCCUACUGGCAGAGUUACAGCACCAAGCGAUCCUAUGCUUGGCUGGAUCCGUACGAUAUACGUGAAAUGCGAAAUCGACGCAUUCUCAGAAUCGCCGAGAAAGAGAACAAGAAAGUGCGCGAUAAGGCGAGGCGUGAGAGGAACGAGCAGGUGCGAAAUUUGGUCGCUUUCGUCCGCAAACGUGACAAGCGAGUACAAGCAUAUGCAGCGAAGCUGGCCGAACGUGCUCGUGAGAACUUUCGCAAGGUAGAAGAACGAAGAAAGGCACAUCUGUUGGAGAGGCAGAAACUAUUGCGGGAUCAGAUCGAAUCUGAAUGGUCUAAGUUCUCGAACAUGGAAGCAGAGCUGAAGAACAUUGAGGCGAAUCUGACGGCAGAAUUUGGAACAGAUGACAGGAAAGUAACAACAAGAAAUAGCAAUCCAGAAGCGUUUUACUGUAUCGCUUGUGAUAAGGUUUUCCAAACGCACAAGGCUUUUACGAAUCAUGAGAAUUCAAAAAAACAUAAAGAAAAUGUCAGCGCACUCAAAUACGUUAUACCGAACGAGGUCGAGGACGAGGAUCUCCAUGAUAGCUCUCGGGAAAGCGAUUCGAGUACAAAAGAAGAAUCAGUUUCGCUAAAUGGACCCAAGUUGGCAACAAAUUCACAGAUGCCCGAUUUCUUGUUAAACCUUCCUCGUAGCGAGGACUCGAGACAGAACAAUGAUGAAGAUAAUAGUAAUAUCUCUCCUGCCGAACUGAUAUCGGACGAUGAGGAAAAUCCAGGAUGUCCUCACUCGACAGUCGACAAAAAGAAGAUAAACAACUAUGGAGAUGUCCUAUUGGCUACAGCACCAGAGAUGGGCGAAAGUACAUCAUUUUCAUCUAAAGUGGAUAAUGAAGAUGAUGACAUAACAUCUGAGGAUGAAUUAAUGUCUGAUCAAGAUGAAGACGGCGUAUUGUCGAGUCGUCAGAAGAAAAAGAAGAAGAGAAAACGUAAUAUUCAGAAUCCUAAUCCUAUGCUUGAACUUGCUAGUGAUGAUGACACGGAGAAUAUUAAGGAGGAAAUAUGGCUGUCGAAAAAACAACGAAAAAAGUUACAACAGAGAAAAGUGGAAAUAAAUAUACAGUUACGAAAGGAAGAGACGCGUAAAGAAGAGGAACAAGAAACAGAGGAAACAGAAAGUAGAGUGAUGGAAGAAGCAAGUGUUAUUAGCGAACGACUGAAAACCGACAAAGCAAAGAAAAAUUCUAAAAAAGAGGAACGAGAGAACAAGGGCAAAAAUAAAAAGGAUCCAAUCGUGAAUAUGGAUGAAUUAGCUCAUCGCUGUGUUUCUUGCUCAUCCGAGUUUCCUAGCAAAAAUAAACUAUUCGAGCAUUUAAAGAAAACUGGACACUCUGUAUAUAUACCAGAAUUAUCGAAAAAUAAAAAGAGUCAAGAGAAGAAGAAAAAAGCAACAUCUAAAGAAAAAAAAUGA